CGGGGAGCGGCGCCGGGCAUGCGGGCGGUGGCAGCGGGCCGGGAGGUGGGAUGCUGUCGCGGAAGAAGACGCGGACGGAGCUCUCCAAGCCGGGCGAGGUGCAGGGGAAGUACGUGAAGAAGGAGACGAGCCCGCUGCUGCGGAAUCUGAUGCCUUCCUUCAUCCGCCACGGCCCGACCAUUCCCAGACGAACCGACAUCUGCCCUCCCGACUCCUCAUCCUCUGCCUACGGCGAUGGAAUCGUUUCCAGGAACCAGAGCUUCCUCCGAGCUGCGGUGCAGAGACCCCCUCACGAGAUCAUGAGGCGAGAGAGCAACAGACUGUCUGCACCUUCCUACCUGGCGCGGGGCUUGGCCGAGGCGCCGCGGGAGUUCGGCUCCUCCUCGCAGCCCUUCUUGGCAGAAAGCAGCCCCGGGCUGGAGAACGGCGAUGCCGGAGCUCGGGGCUAUUUCUACGAGCAUUUCUACGAGCCCCAGAGGCGGCGGCAGCUGAACGAGCGCCUGCACGAGGACUACAGGUAUUAUGAGCACAACAGUGAUCUUUUCCAGAGGAUGUCCCAGAAUCAUGGGAGGCACGCUUCAGGCAUCGGGAGAGUCGCUGCUACAUCGUUAGGAAACUUAACAAAUCAUAGUUCUGAAGAUUUACCUCUUCCUCCUGGCUGGUCAGUGGACUGGACUAUCAGAGGAAGGAAAUAUUACAUCGAUCACAACACCAACACAACCCACUGGAGCCACCCCCUGGAGCGGGAGGGGCUCCCGCCGGGCUGGGAGCGCGUGGAGUCGGCCGAGUUCGGGGUUUACUACGUGGAUCACAUCAACAAAAGGGCUCAGUACAAGCACCCCUGUGCUCCCAGCGUGCCCCGCUACGACCAGCCGCCGCCGCUGUCGGUGUCGUACCAGCCGCAGCCCGUGGAGCGCAGCCAGGCGCUGCUGGUCCCGGCCAACCCCUACCACAGCGCCGACAUCCCCGACUGGCUGCAGGUCUACGCCCGCGCUCCCGUCAAGUACGACCACAUCCUGAAGUGGGAGCUGUUCCAGCUAGGCGACCUGGACACGUACCAGGGGAUGCUGAAGCUGCUGUUCAUGAAGGAGCUGGAGCGCAUCGUGAAGCUGUACGAGGCGUUCCGGCAGGCGCUGCUGGGCGAGCUGGAGCAGCGGCAGCAGCGGCAGCAGUGGUACGCGCAGCACGCCCACUACUGAGCGCCCGGCAGCUCCUCUUCCUUCACGUUGCACCUUCGUUAUUGUCCUCUUGGCUAUUUUUCUACAUGUAUUAUGUGUUGUUUAUAAAAAGAGGAAAUUGUUUGUUCAUUUGUUAAUUUUCACACCCCCCCCACCCCGUGCCGGGAGUAGUUUUGUUAUCCUGAGAAAGCAGUUCCACAUCAGUCCCCUGGUCCUUGAUCUCUUUCCUGCCAGUCAGCUGCAGUAUUAAAAGCUGGCUCUGUGUUUUUUUACUGUCAUGUCCUGGCUUCCAAACGUUGUCCCAGUCCAGAUGCCUCGUUCAGGGUGUUUCUUUCCCUGGGGAUUUGGGAUCCCUCUCCUGAGAGAGCUCUGCUCUUUGUUUACAGCUUUAAUGUACAGAACCAGCCCCGAGCCUGUUCACCCACACCAGGAGCUGAUCUCACCCUUCAGGACCGAGUGCUUCACACAAGUGAAGCCUGAGUUGCCUUAUUUUUUACUUUAGCUCAUUAGUACUCCAGAUUUACUCCUCAUUUUCACACAGAUUACUCAGAGGGGAAACACUUGCACCUCCCUAAAGACCAAGAUCUCUAAGCAGAGUGGUUUUGAUCCUGCAUUUCCCAGAACUGACCCGCUCCAGUGGAAAGGCAGUAGCAUUGCUGACCCACUGUGCCACCCCACGGGCAAAAUCAGGGAUGUAACAGCAAUUACUGUUUUUUUUUAAUGAGCUUUUGUCCUAAAGCUCCUCACUCGUGGAAAAUUUUUAAUUGUCCAGUUACCCUCUCCAGUAAUUUCAUUUGGUUCAUUAAUUGUCCUGAUAUGUUAUUUAUGGGUUCUUUUCAGUGCAAUAAACACUGCAGACAAAAAAAGUACAUUUCUUGUAAAUCCUAUGAAUUCAAUAAAAAUC